AUGAACUUUUCGACAAUUUCUCUACAUAACAAAUUCUACGUAUAUUUCAAGGUUAUCGAUGGUGCAAAUUGGGAGAGAGUAAUUAAUUUGGUGUGGGUGAUGGAAUUGAUCACGCAAGAGGAAGCAGCAGCUGCUGGACGAGGUUUUGCCAAUAAGGAUGGUUUGUUGGGCACGGGAUUGAAGUUUGAGGGAGAAAAAUACUUUGUCUUAAAUGCUGACGAUGAUCGAGUUAUUGGAAAGAAAGGCUCACAAGGAUUCUUCAUUUAUAAAACGGGACAAGGCGAGUUAAAUUGA